GAUGAUGAGAUUUUGGGAUAGGGGAGGAGAAGGUAGCAGAUAGUUUGCGGCGGGCUAAAUGGGUGGUGCGAGCAAUAGGUUGUUGAGCCUCCUCUCGACGACCCACCCUCUGCCUCUCCUUCAUCUCCACCACCACCGCUUCAUCCUCCUCCGCCUCGCUCGCCCUCUUUUGUCUCGUCACCACCAUCAUUCAACACUCUCUUCUCUUCGCUCCUCCUCCUCCUCCUUCACUUUUACUACACUCGCUUCUCCUCGCUCCUCCUCCUCCUCUUUUACUAGUCCUCGCAAAUCCUCCUCCCAUGGUUUCCAUUUCCACUCCUCCAACGCCUCUGCCGACCACCCCUGGCCGGAGUGGUCCCACCUCCUUAAUGCUCUCUCUGCCGCCGGUUAUAGUGAGCUCCAGGGCCACGACGCCUUCCCCGAGGACUUGCCCGACACCUUUGUCCACGCUGCCCGUGUUUGUCUGGGCUUUGCCACUGCCCGACCUGGCCUUCUCAGAUUGCUUUCUCGCAGAGAUUUAGAGGUUGUCGUGCACAACGGCACGCCCUUUCUGUUUCACAGUGCACAUGAUUCCGCCCGGAGGAUGACCUCAUUUCUCGCCCAAGGCCCUACCCCUACCAGUGCCUUUGAUACUGAUCAAGCGCAAACCGUUGAUUUGAUGAGAUAUAUAUUGAGUUAUGCUAGCAAUCCUGUUUUUUCUUCAGAGCCAGGCAACCUCUACAAUAGACAACUUGUUGAAUCAUCCGUCCGUAAUCUGUUGACACAAAUGUCAAAGCUUUGCUAUGCCGCUCCAGAGUCUAACUCUUUUGGGACACUGCAGAAUCAAAGUCCUAAUAGUCAUGGAGCAACUCCUGGCAAAACAAUUGAAAUGAAAAGAGGAGACUGGAUUUGCUCAAGGUGUAAUUUCAUGAACUUUGCCAAAAACAUGAAAUGCCUUGAAUGCAACGAGGCAAAGCCAAACAGACAGCUGACUGGCAGAGAGUGGGAGUGUCCUCAAUGUGAUUUUUUUAACUAUGGGAGAAACAUGGUAUGCUUGAGGUGUGAUUGCAAGCGACCGGCUGAGGUCUCAAUUGGUACCAAUAACAAUAAUUUAAAUAUUGGAUUCGACAAGGGAGGUGAUACAAAUAAGGCUGGUAUCAAUAGCAGGCUGGCUGCCAAUGAAGAGAAGGCACAGCGGUGGUUCAGUAAGAUUUCUCAGUUAGACAGUACUUCAGACAUGAGCACUGAGAUAUCAGAUAACGAUUUUCCUGAAAUAAUGCCAUUGAGGAAAGGAGUAAAUAGAUUUGUUGUCAGUACAAGGAAGACAUCAUUAGAGAGGAGGCUGGCAAAUGCCCAAUAUGAAAGAAACUUGGAUAGUGAUGAAACCAAGGAUCUCCAAAUGGGGAAUCCAGAUAAGUCACUUGGUGCUAAAUCCACCCAGACUUUAGAUACUAUUCUUGGUCGUUCAUCUGUUUCUGAAUCAAAUACUACCACUACUAAUGCUGGAGAACAUGCUAAAACUGAUUCCCACUCUUUUAUCUCUAGCUCAGGUUAUCAACAGCCCAGACGGAGCAACUCCAAUUAUGCCCCGUUUGUGCCAUUACAUGCAGAUGUGUUUGCAAAGAAACCUGAGACUACAUAUAUGGAGGAGAGUAGGAAGUUAGUGAGAAACCAAAAUGAGUCUGUCCCUCUUAAGGACAGUGAAUUGGAAGGCGUUUCUGGGAACAAUCAAUCUGGAAAGUCAGAAGAGAGUCUGCUAUCUGGUAAGUCUAUGAAACAAGCUGGCAGCAGGAACGAAGAAAAGGAACAAGCUGACAAAUCUGAGAGAUGGUUUAAGAGGGUUGCAGAGUUGCAUGAUGUUACAGAUCUUCCAAGUGCAAUUUCUGAUGAGGAUUUCCCCGAAAUCAUGCCGGUCCGCAAAGGAGAGAAUCACUUUGUCCUCAGCAAGAAGAAAGAUCGUUCUUUGGCUUCUCCAUCAUACAAGAAAGGUACAGUUAUGGAACAAGCUAACAGUGCCAACUAUGUUCCCUUCGUCCCCUUCCCACCUGACUACUUUGCUAAAGUGGAAAAUCCGCAGACAAGCGGCACAGCUAUGGAUAACAAGACUAGUGUUAAGUCAAAUCCGACUAUGAUGCCAGAGAACUCUCCAAACAAAUUGUUUGACAUGAGAUCUAAGAAGCUGAAUACUGGUCAUAGUCAGCAGAUGGAAAGUCAGGAAAGCCGUGUUGCCAACUCGAAAUCUAGAUAUUCUGAAGAUAAUCUUAGAAAGAAAUCGACUAGCUCUAUUAAUGGACCCCCAACGAGUGGUAAUUCUGCCUUCAAUUUUUCUAAUCCUAGCACUGAUAGCACAGACAAAUUGGACAAUGGACGUUCAGGGAAUUUUGAUGAGACUGUGAAUUCACACCAUCCUACCAGUGAACUGAACAUUAGACAGCGCUGGACCGGGAAGAGUUUGGAGGGGUCGGCAGUGAAGGAACCAAAUCCUUUAGAUAUGUCCGAGGAGGCAAAGGCAGAGAGAUGGUUUAAGCGUGUUGCCCAGAUUAAAGACAUCUCAGAGCUGAGUCAGAUUCCUGAUGAAGAUUUCCCAUCAAUCAUGCCAAUGCGUAAAGGAGUGAAUCGGUUUGUGGUCAGCAAGAGGAAAACACCAUUGGAGAGGAGGCUGACGUCUCCACAGUAUAGAAAAAGCCUUCCUAUUGUGAGCUCUGAUCCAGUGAAGGAAGAUGAUGGUAGCUGAAAAGUCUGAAAUAGUAGUUGUUUUGUUGUUCUGGAAGCUUCAGAUAAUUGGUAUCCUUUUCCAAAAUACGAUCAUCUUUGCCGAAAUUAUUUGUACUUCUGAAAAUUGUUGUAACCAUUUGGUGCAUUUUAUUUCGUGUAUAUAUGGAUUGAUAUGUUUAAUACAGACCUCACAUUAGUACCAG